CCCAGUCGCCAGUGCUGGUGGCCGCCGCCGCUGGCCGAGCCGUCGCCUCUCUUCCCGCGCGUCGCUGCUAACUUGGGUGGCGGUAUGCUGGGGAAGGGGGUAGUGGGCGGUGGCGGCGGCACCAAGACGCCCAAGCCGUCCUUCGUGUCGUACGUGCGCCCUGAGGAAAUUCACACAAAUGAAAAGGAAGUAACUGAGAAGGAAGUAACUCUUCACUUGUUGCCAGGUGAACAACUGCUUUGUGAGGCCAGCACAGUACUGAAGUAUGUCCAGGAAGAUUCCUGCCAGCGGGGGAUCUAUGGGAGACUUGUCUGCACAGACUUCAAGAUUGCCUUCCUGGGUGAUGAUGAACCUGCACUGGAUAAUGCUGAAACUCAGUUUAAGAACAAGAUUAUAGGAGAAAAUGACAUUACACUCCACUGUGUUGAUCAGAUUUUUGGAGUAUUUGAUGAGAAAAAAAAAACUCUCUUUGGACAACUGAAAAAAUACCCUGAGAAACUCAUCAUCCACUGCAAAGACCUCCGAGUGUUCCACUUUUGUCUGAGGUACACAAAGGAAGAGGAAGUCAAAAGGAUUGUCAGUGGGAUAAUUCAUCAUACCCAGGCUCCUAAACUGCUUAAACGAUUGUUUCUGUUUUCCUAUGCAGCUGCUGCCCAAAGCAUUAUAGCCACCAGUCCCAAGGACCAUACAGUAAUGUUUGACACACUUAAGGACUGGUGUUGGGAACUGGAGCGGACCAAGGGCAAUGUGAAGUAUAAAGCAGUGAGUGUCAACGAAGGCUACAGGAUCUGUGAGAGGUUGCCAGCAUACUUUGUUGUCCCCACCCCUCUUCCUGAAGAGGAUGUGCGGCGCUUUCAGGGUCAUGGGAUACCAAUAUGGUGUUGGUCCUGCCACAAUGGAAGUGCCCUUUUGAAAAUGUCAGCACUGCCCAAAGAACAGGAUGAUGUCAUUUUACAAAUUCAUAAGAGCUUCUUGGAUGGAAUUUACAAGAUCAUCCACAGGCCGCCCUAUGAAAUUGUUAAAACUGAGGACCUGUCAAGCAACUUCCUAUCCCUGCAGGAAAUCCAGACUGCAUACUCUAAAUUUAAACAGCUGUUUCUCAUAGAUAACAGUACUGAAUUUUGGGACACAGAUAUAAAAUGGUUUUCUUUGUUGGAAAGUAGCAGCUGGCUUGACAUAAUCAGACGUUGCCUGAAAAAAGCAAUAGAGAUCACUGAAUGCCUGGAAGCACAAAACGUGAACGUUCUUCUUUUAGAGGAGAAUGCGUCCGACCUCUGCUGCCUCAUUUCCUCUCUGGUGCAAGUGAUGAUGGACCCACACUGUCGAACAAAGACUGGUUUCCAGAGCCUCAUCCAGAAGGAGUGGGUCAUGGGUGGCCACUGUUUCUUGGAUCGCUGCAACCAUCUCCGGCAGAGUGACAAGGAGGAGGUUCCUGUGUUCCUGCUUUUCUUAGAUUGUGUCUGGCAGCUGGUGCACCAGUUUCCCCCAGCAUUUGAAUUCACAGAGACUUACCUGACUGUUUUGUCAGAUAGCCUGUACAUACCCAUUUUCAGCACCUUCUUCUUCAAUUCACCUCAUCAAAAAGAUACUAACAUGGGUAGGGAAAGCCUGGAUACACAAAGCAAGCCUUUGACUCCACUCACCGUGUGGGAUUGGUCUGUACAGUUUGAACCCAAAGCCCAGACAUUGCUCAAAAACCCUCUUUAUGUGGAAAAGCCAAAACUGGACAAAGGCCAGCGGAAAGGAAUGCAUUCCAAACAUCGACGACAACUUUCUUUGCCACUCACCCAACCUAAGUCGUCUCCCAAAAGAGGAUUUUUCAGGGAAGAAACAGAUCAUUUAAUUAAAAACCUUCUGGGCAAGAGAAUUAGCAAACUGAUUAAUUCUUCUGACGAGCUUCAAGACAACUUCCGGGAGUUCUACGACAGUUGGCACAGCAAGCCCACCGACUACCACGGCUUAUUGUUGCCCCAUAUAGAGGGACCGGAGAUCAAAGUCUGGGCACAGCGCUACUUGCGUUGGAUUCCAGAAGCUCAAAUCCUAGGUGGUGGCAGAGUGGCCACUAUGAGCAAACUCAUUGAAAUGAUGGAGGAAGUCCAGAGUUUACAAGAGAAAAUCGAUGAGAGACACCACAGCCAGGAGCGCCUCCAGGCAGAGGCCCCCUGCCUGCUGCGGAACUCUGCCCGCCUGUCCUCUCUGUUCCCGUUUGCUCUGCUCCAGCGCCAUUCGUCUAAGCCCAUCUUACCCACCAGUGGGUGGAAGGCUUUAGGAGAUGAGGAAGAUCUGGCCAAACGAGAAGAUGAGUUUGUGGACCUAGGGGAUGUGUGACUUGUACUUUCAGUGAUUAUGAAAGAGGAAUGUGAGAGGUUGGGACAGUUGCUUCCUGGAUUAGUGUCCUGCUAAUCUAAUCCUGGGAGGGUCAGUAGCCCAGUGCUGUGUUGGCGGAAAACCAGGGCCUUCAAAGAGCUGAAUCUCGGGUUUUGAUUUCUGUUUUUCUAAGAAUUCUGAAAGACUAUGCAAUUAAAACCAUAUCUCUGGUAUUACUAAUUGGAAGGAAUUACUACUUGACCUGUCAUAGGAUUGUGGCUGUUUUCUGAUGCCUAAGUAUUAUAUAGAACUUGGAGUUGCAAGUUUACUGCCAGGAGGGGCUUUGGUAAGAUAUCCUUGGACUUGAUACUUCCAGUAUUUUCUGUGCCAAGAUCACUUAUCCAGUCACUGGGGAUAGGAAGUUUCUCUCUAGCCCCAUGCAGUUAAUUGGAGCAAGUUCGGCUUUCUGUGAUAUUUGUAUGAUAAUGAAAGCUUCUGACAGAGGUAAGGAUAUAUGGCAUUUACUCAAACCAUAGCAUUUUUCCUUUCGUUGUCCUCUUGUCUGUCAAAAAACUGGACAUGCCAUGAGUGCCAUCGUCCUAAUGCUUCAGCCCGUUCUCCUGCCUAGACUGUGUCGCAUGUGUAGGGGGGGGAGGGCCAGCCUACCUGUGCCGACAGCUCCAGGCCCUCCUUCCGCUGGCUCCAUGCACUUGCCCCAGUCCUUCAGUGCGCCCCGCCUUGGUGCCACAUGCGCCCAGGGUCGUGCUGCUAACUGUGCCAGUUAACUUGUGGGCAAGGCUCCUCUCUGUGUGACCACAGGAGCUUCCAUUCCUCUGAGUCUCUCGGUAUGGAACACGUGCUUUGCCACUUGCUCAUUGCGCACUGAGCCUUCCAAGCACCUGCGAGGGUGGCUCUGCAGCAGCUCUUCAGCUGGCUUCUUCGCUUCUUCCUCUCCCUUCACAGACUGAUGCGUUGGAUCAUUUUUGAAUGUGGCUUUCGUGGGAAAUCAGUUAAACAUGAAUUUCAGAAGUGAUGACUAUCACAUGAUACCUCAGUGAUUUAAAAAGCCAUAGAAGAAACUUAAUGAUGCCUGGUCACCUUCUUGGAUCUGCUGUCCAAAUGAUACAUUUUUUUUUUUUUUUUAAUACAGGAAAGUCUACUUUGUAAGAACCAGUUUUUUGUUUUUUGUUUUUAUUCUCAAUGGCGUUCUGUCAAAUCCCACAAAAGAAAGGGGGAAAAAAAGGUUACAUUAGAAUAUUUCAGAUUGAAUAUUUGCCUUUUAUAGACACUUGCUUUCUAGGAUAGAUCUCAGUUUGAAUGUUGCAGGUUUAGAAAAACUUUCAGUUGCUCAAAGGCAGUAAGCAAUUUUUGAACUGUUGGCCAAGUGGAGUUCUCCGUUUGCGCUGAAUUGUCUAUGUACAGGCAGUAAAUUGUCUUGCUGUCCUCCCAACUGCACGUUAAUGCAGGAGUCACGCUGGUCUGUGAAGAUGACCAGGCAUGGGGGAGGGGAAGGUUCCUGCAUCUCGGGGCCAAACACACAUUCAGUCUUGGUUGCCUUAAGAGCUUCUUUCGAGGUCAGUGUUAGGCUUGCAAUAGGGAUUUUUAAAGUGCGCUAGUUCCUUCGCUACCUUCUUGUUUAUUCUGUAGGCCUUCUUAAACUAGCACUAACCUCUGCUUAGCCCCACUGCCUCCCUAAUACACUAUGGAGCUAUUUUUGUUACCAUAUUGUAACGUGAAUAUUUAUACCGUGGCCUCUUUAAUCUUAGCAAUUUUCAUUCCAAAAAUGCCUAGUGUGAUUGCUUUAUACUCCACAAAGUAUGGUUUAAAGGCACAAGGUCAUGGCCCUUGUCACAGCAGUUGAAUGUGCAUUGAGAUAUUUUUAUAUGAUUGUUUUUUAAUUACAAUAGAAAAUAAGUAAGCUGUUGUAAUGUGUCAGGUCAUGACAGUUUAUGUAUUUAUAUUUGAAAUCAGAUUUCUAUAACUUGUGUUUGUGUACAGGCUUCUUAGUGGGUUUAUAUAUUGUGAAAUUUUUAUUCAAGAUUGAGAUGUGGAUUAUGCUUAACAGUAAAAGCUGAAAUGAGACCAUUUGCUUUGUUUCAAAUGCUGCACUGUGCGAGUUUGGAAAUGUACAUUAACUUACUGUAUAUAAUACCUUGAGUUUGUUUAUACCUCCAAGUUUUUACACUGAAGAUAAACUAGCUUUAAUUAAAUUCAAAACUUACUUUUUUCUUAAGGGAAUAAGCUGUUGGGCUAACUCUGUAUACAUGUGCUCUUUAUUUUCUGUAUGCACAAUGCAAGUUUAUACUUGUAUCUUACUGCAUCGGUCUCUGAUGGCAGACAUUAAAGCACAAUGUACAAACUACUGGAUUUGCUGUGGCCG